AUGUUGAGAUUGAAUUUAUUAGUCAUCUUGGUUAGUCAAUAUUUAGGUGCUUUGAUAAAUGUGGAGGAAUCUUGCACUUGUAGUUAAAUAAAAUCAAAGUUUGAUUGUGCAAACAUUGGGUGCAGAUGGGAUAUUGAUAAAUGUGUGCAAAAUGAUUAAAAAGAAAAUGAGGAUACUAUAAGUGUUUAUUGUAGAUAAUUUGAUUAAGUAACAUGUCCUAAAAUGAAAGGAUGUGCUUUUGUUGAUAAUAAAUGUGAAUAAUUUAGUGGUUGUUCUGCUUAUAUGGGUAGUUCAAAUGAUUUUUGUUAAUAGAUAUCAUAAUAAUGUACUUCAGAUGGGAAUGUAUGUUUAGAUCCAUAAAAUUGCAGUGAAUAUAAAAAUUAGAUAUUUUGUAAUUAGAAUAUCAAUGUUUAAGGAGGUUAAUGUAGAUGGGAGAACAAUUAAUGCAGAGAUUAAAGAUGUACAGAAGCAAGUAAUAGUUUGAAAACGGAUUAAGAUUGUAAUUAAUUUAAAAUAGGCUGUGUUACAAAUGGGAAGGGAUGUGUUGAAAUUAGAGGUUAAUGUUCUUCAUAUGGAAUUGAUGAUUGUAAUUCAAUGAUUGGAAGUGAAGGUUAUUGUGUAAGAACAUCAAGUGGUUGUGGUGUAAGAGAGUGUUAGUCUGCUCCUAGUGAUUAUAAUAAAGAUGAAUAAUGUAUGAGAUAUUAAUAAGGAUGUGUUACAACAGGUAAGGGAUGUUGGAUGAAACCUUUACCAACUUGUGAUAGUUAUGUUGGAAAUGAUUGUUAAUAUAUGAUAGGAUCUGAUGGAUAAUGUGAAAAUGGAUCAUCAAAUAAAUGUUAAUCUAGGAAAUGUGAAAAUGCACCUUCUACUUAUAAUACUGAUGAUAAAUGUAAUGAAUAUUUGAAAUAAUGCAUAACUAAUGGAAGAGGAUGUGAUACUUCAUUAAAAUUAUGUAGUUCUUAUACAGGAACAUCUGAAGAGUGUAAUUAAUAUAUAGGAAGUGAUGGUAAAUGUACUCUAGGAUCAAAUGGUUGUAAAGUAAGAGUUUGUGAAGAAGCUAAACUUAAAACAGAUCGGGAAUGUAAUGAAUAUUAAAAGGGUUGUGUUACUGAUGGAGUUAAUUGUUUAAGUAAUAGGAAAUUAUGUUCAACUUAUAAUGGGACUGCAGCAACUUGUUCUAAAUAUGAAGGAUCUGAUGGAAGAUGUUAUUCAAAAAGUGAUGUUGAUGGAAGUUGUUCAAAUUUAUUAUGUACUGAUGCUCCAACUGAAUAUAAAACACAUGAAUAAUGUAUUUCAUUCUAAAGUGAUUGUUUAUCAAAUGGAGAAGGUUGUGUAAAGAAAACAGAUUGUGUAUCUACUAUUAAAGAAUUAACAUGUAAAGCUACUGCUUCAUGUUAAUGGAAUUAAAUUUGUGUUACAAGAACUAACUGUUCAUUCUUUAAAAGUAUUAGUUUGUGUAAUAAUAAUUUGGCAAAUGGCUAAUCUUGUUUCUGGGUUAAUGGAGUUUGUAGAAUUAGAUUAUGUAGUGAUGCUCCCUUAUCUUAUACUAGAGAUGAUUAGUGUAAGAAAUUCUUAGUAGGCUGUGUUACAAACUCUUAAGGAUGUCUCUCAUUCACAGCUCCUUGUAAUUAAUAUGUGGGGACAAUAGAUACAUGCAUCAAUUUUAAAGGGAAUGGUAUGAAAUGUACCAGUACUAGUAAUUUAAAGGGACCUUGUGAGGAAAUGUUAUGCACAAACAAUACAACAGCUGUUAAUCAAAAAUAAUGUGAUGAUUUUUUAAAUGGGUGUAAAUUUUAGGGUAGUUCUGGUUGUAUUGAUAAAUCUGCUGAUUGUAAUUAAUAUACUGGCAAUUAAGAAAGAUGUUCGUCAUAUUUUGGAAUAAAUGGAACAAUAAAAUGUUAUCAAGAUGUAGGAAUUACAGGACCAUGUAGAAAUUUAUAAUGUGCAGAUAAUAUAACAGCUACUUCAAAUGAAUAAUGUAUAUCAUUUUUAAGUACAUGUGUAUCAAAAGGAAUUGGAUGUAUUGAUUAAGCAGAACCAUGUUCAUCUUAUGCUGGAAAUAAUAUUUCAGAUUGUUCAAAAUUCAAAGGUUUAAAUAAUACAAAAUAAUGUUGGUGGAUAAGUGGGUCUAACUGUCUAAAUAAGGAAUGUAUAUAGGAUAUUACAUCAACAUCAAAUGAAUAAUGUGAAUAGUUCUUAUCAGGAUGUGUUACUAAAGGUAUAGGAUGUAUUGAAAACACAUAACCAUGUACUUAAUUUUAAGGAGAUGAAACUGAAUGUUAAAACUUUAUUGGUAAUGGGUAUCCUUGUGUUCGUAAAAGUUCAUGUAUGAAUAGAAGUUGUUCAGAUGUAAUUAAUCCAGCAAAUAAUGAUUAAUGUAUAGAAUAUUUGUCAACUUGUAGAUUUAAUGGAUUUAUAUGCAUAGAUGCUUAAAUUUCAUGUACAUCAUAUAUAGGAUUAAAUUAUUAAAUAUGUUAAUAAAUAACUACAAUAUCUGGUGGAAAAUGUUAUUUAGCUAAUGGAACAGGUACAUGCUAAACUAGAAGUUGUACAUAAUUAACAAUAGCAACAAGUUAAAAUGAUUGCGAUUAAUUCUUAUAAGGAUGUAUUUUUAGUGGUUCAAAUUGUGUUGAUUAAUAGAAUUUAUGUAGUUAGUAUGUAAAUUUUUAACCUAAUGCUUGUGAAAAAGCAGUAAGUAUAUCAACUGGGUUAUGUUGGAGAUAAUCAAAUUCAAUAGGAACUUGUAUGGCUAGAACAUGUUCAGGUGUAACAAGUACUUUAAAUCCUUAUUCAUUUUCAUCAUAAUUUUGUACUCAAUACUCUGAUACAUGUGUUUAUGAUGGAGUAAAAUGUGUCAAUAAAUAAUCUAGUUGCAAUUCUUAUACUAAUUUUGUAUAAUCAGCAUGUAAAAUAGCAGUUACACUUUCUGGUGAGAAUUGCUGGUUAGAAAACAGUGCAUUAACAACAUGUGAAAGUAGAUAAUGUAGUAAUACUGUAACAACUCCUAAUUCAAUUAAUUGUGUAGCUCAUAAAUCUUCUUGUAGAUAUAAUGGUACUAAAUGUGAAGAUGCAUAAGCAGCAUGUAAUUUAUAUACUCUGUUCAAUCAAAAAGCUUGUAAGGACACAACAUUAAUAGAUGGUGUUACUAAAUGUUGGAGAUCUUCAAAUUCGGUUGGAACAUGUGAAGAUAGAUAGUGUUCAAAUAUUACAGUGGCUACAACUCCAUAGAAAUGUUUAGAUCAUAUGAAUACUUGCAGAUUUAAUGGUUCAUCUUGUGUAAUACAAUAGACAAAUUGUAAUGGAUAUUUAGGAUUUACAUCUGAAGCUUGUAAAUUAGUAACAACAAGUUCAGGAGGCUUAUGUUGGAUACCUAGUAUUGGAUCUACAUAAUGUAGUAAUAGAAGUUGUAGUAAUACAAUAGAAAAUGCAAGUGCAAUUAGUUGUCCAUAACAUUUGAGUAGUUGUAGAUUUAAUGGAAUAGAAUGUGUAGAUCAUUAAACUACAUGUAAUUUAUAUACAGGAUUCACUAAAAUAGCAUGUUAAAAUACUACAACUAUUAGUGGUAUUAAAUGUUGGAAACAAACUAAUGAAGUAGGAUCAUGUGAAGAAAGGACUUGUUCAAAUUUAAUUGAAAAUGCAAAUUAUGUAAAUUGUGGAAUUCAUUUGUCUACAUGUACUUAUGAUGGUAAGAAUUGUUAUACAAUGUUAAGUUCUUGUAAUUUGUAUAUUGGAGUGAGUGAAUUUUAAUGUUAAAAUUUAAGAACUACUACUGGAGAUAGAUGUUGGUUUGUAUCAGGUACUUGCACAUAAAGAAUAUGUUCUUAAAACUAAAUUGGAAUGACAGAUUUAGAAUGUGAUUCAUUUUUACCAGGAUGUAGAACAAAUGGAAAGGGAUGUGUAGAUUCUUCAUUGAGUUGUUCAUAAUACAGAGGUACAAGUUCUAGUUGUAAUACAUUUGUUGGUAAUGGAAUUAAAUGUAAAGGUUAAGAUUCUUUUGGGUAUUGUGAAUAGAAAUAAUGUUAUGAUGAUAUGAAUAGUGUUACUGAUAUUUAAUGUGAUUAAUUUAUGAAAGGAUGUGUAACUAGAGGAUUAGGAUGUAUUGAUAAGAAUGAAAUUUGUAAUAAUUAUAUUGGAAAUCAAUUAACAUGUUCUAAAUUUAUUGGUAAUGGUAAAAAUUGUUGGAAUGAUAACAGUAUUACAACAACAAUUUCAUAAUGUAGAGUGAGAUUAUGUAGUGAUAAUCAAACAUAUAAUACAGAUUCAUAAUGUUAAGAAUUCUAAGUUGGAUGUGUUACAAAAGGUAGAGGAUGUAUUGAUAAGACUGCAAAAUGUUCAGAUUAUUAAGGAACUUAAAUAGAGUGCAGUUAAUUUAUUGGAUCUAAUGGUACUAAACCUUGUUGGAAUGUUAUUUCAGCUACACCUUUAAUGAAUUGUAUUGAACGAAAUUGUUAACAUAAUAUUACAGCUAAGACAGAUAAUGAAUGUAAUCAAUUCUUAAAAGGAUGUGUUACUAAAGGAAUUGGAUGUGUAUUACCUUAACCAUGUUCAUUAUUUAAUGGAACUAUUAAGUCUUGUCCACUAUUUUCAGCAACUGAUAAACCCUGUAAAGGUCAAAGUAAUACAACUGUUACUCCUUGUGCUGCAUUAUAAUGUAAUGAAGCACCAAAUAAUUAUAAUAGUGAUGAAUUAUGUAAUAUAUUUAAGGAAGGUUGUGUUACUAAUGGAUAUGGUUGUGUUAGUAAUGUUUCAUGUGAAGAUAUUUAAACUGAAUAAGCUUGUUAAAGUAAGAAGUAAUGUUUAUAUAUUGGAAAUUGUACAUAAUUAUCAACUAAAUGUAGUGUUUUUUAAUCUCAAUCAGUAUGUGUGAAUACUCCUGUAUAUACUGAUACACGUAGAUGCUCAUGGGAAUUCAACAAAGUCUCUAAUCUUGGGUAUUGUAGAGAUUGGAAAUGUGAGGAUGCAUCUGAAAGCGUAUUAACUCAUGAAGAUUGUCAAAGAUUAUCUAAUUAAUGUACUUCAAAAGGCAAAGGAUGCAUACCUAUUGGAGAAUGUUCAUCCUAUACUAAUUCUAAUGCUUGCUCAUCUGCUAAAACUACAGAUGAAGGAGGCCUUUGUAUAUGGGAAAAAACAUAUUGUAGAAAAUUAGAUUGUGGUGAUGCAAGCAAAGAAUUUACAACAGAUGCUAAAUGUCAAGAAUUUCUUAGCAAGUGUUACUCUAAUGGUAAAGGAUGUAUCAAUCAAAACUAUUAAUGUAAGGACAUUGUUGUUAAAAGCAAAUGCACUAAAGAUUAUGCAGGAAAUAUUUGUUUAUGGUUUUAAUAAUAAUGUAUUACUUUUUCAUAAUGCAUUGAAAUUCAAGGUUCAUCUCAUGCUUUAUGUUAAUAAUACUCAAAUAAAUGUACUAGUAAUGGUCUUACUUGUAUACCAAUUUCAUAAUGUUCUAAAUAUCCUAAUUAAAUUAGUUGCUCACUUGGUAUUGAUGGAUAAUGUGGAUGGAUUGAUAACACUUGUGCUCAAUUUAAAAAAUGCUCUGAUUUGAAUGCCACUACUACUGAAUUAUGUUAAUAAUAUUCUAGUCUAUGUGUUUCUGAUGGGUAGGGAUGCAUUUAAAAGACUGAAUGUAAUUAUUACUUGACUGAAAUAUCCUGUCUGUCUGGAGGUAUUGAUGGCUAUUGUAUUUGGGCUGAAGACUCUUGUAGACAAAGAAAAUGUACAGAUGCAACUAUUAGUAUGGAUAUAGAUAUAACUUCAUAUUCCUCAUGUAGUAGUUUUAUAGCAUCUACUAAAUGUACAACUAAUGGAACUAAUUGUAUCUCUAUUGGAUUGUGUUCAUCAUACAAAGAGUAAGGAUGUCAUUAUGGAACUGAUGGCUAAUGUAUUUAUACUUUUUAAGAAGGAUAAACUUAGGGAAUUAAAUAAUGUAGGGUUAAAUCAUGUUCAGAUUACUAAGAUACCACAACAGAAAUAUGUAAAUAACAUAAAAAGGUAUGUAUUUCAAAUGGUAACAAUUGUAUCAUGAAAAAUAAAUGUUAAACAUAUAAAACUAAAACUGCUUGUAAUUCUGGCGGAUUGGAUGGAAUAUGUGUUUUUACACCUUCAGUUGCAGAUCCUUAGAAAGGUACAUGUGCCUUAAUGACAACCUGUGAGUAAGCCAAUUCCGAUUUGAUUGCUUGUAAAUCUAAAUAAAAUUCAUGUCAUUUUCAAGUUUCAUUAUAAAAUGGCAUAGAAGUAACUUCUUGUAUAAAUCAUACAUGUGCCACUGUAGCAAAUGGUACUAUAUGCAAGCCAGUUUACUAGUUUGAUGAAAAGACUAUCACUGUUUGUGUUAUGACUUCAUCUGGAUGUUCAUCUGGAAACCCAAAUCAAUUAUCAGCCAGUAACUGUUUAGAAUAAAGUCUUAAUACUUAUACUUGGAAUACAGAGACUAAUCUCUGUUAAAAAUGCAACACUACUGCAAUAUCUCCUCCAACGCCAACUAACACAACUGAUACAAGCUCAGAUAAAUUUUCUAAAGUUCUGUUCUUUUCAAUUUUUGUAUUUAUAUAUUGA